UAUGAGUUCAUAUUCAUGUCCAUCAGGAUAAUACACUUUAUUCCAAGGUAAAAAUACUUUGAUGUGUGACCGGUACCCCAAUUUUUGUGGGGCAUUUUCUUCAUGUGUCUAAGUUUCUGAUGCAAUUGGGCCAUCAAAAUUAGGAUGUUGUAGAGAAAACUAUCUAUAUCCUAGUGCAGCUAAUAUUAUUGUUUAUAUUCUUAUUAUUCCAAUAAUUGGAAUUGGCAGUUUAGGAGCUUUAGGAGGUGAGAUAGUAAAAUUGAAAAUUAGGUGGUGUGGUCAAAAGGCCAUUUUUGGAAGCUGUUCUAAAUUUUAAUUCAGGUCCUUCAGGAAAUAUAACCGCUUGCCUUAUGUUUGGAGCCCAACUAUUUAAUUAGAUUAUUAUCACAUUCUAGAAGUAAUCAAAUUUUGGAAUUUUAGACAUCCAUACCAUCCUUAACGUCCGGUUGUUAAUUAUGAAGUUGGAAUGAUUUAUGCCUUGGCUAUUCCACUUUCAAUGCAAUUUGGAGAAGAAUUAGCAAGUUAUAUGCCAUUAUUGCCUGUUUUAACUAUAUAGAUGAUGUUUUUUAUUGUUAUUCUUCCAAUUUGCUUAUUAUAUGCAAAAAGACAAGAAGUAGUUGAAUAAGAAUUAGAUGAAGAUUAUACUGAUUCUCAUAUUUCUAUGACAACAGCUUUUAAAGGAACAAUUUAAGAUGAAGCUUAAUCGGCAUUAGUUUACAAAUAAUUUUUAAAUGAAUCUCACUAAAUCCUACCUCUUAUUCCUAUACUAAUUACUUUUGGUAGUUUCGCUGCUAACGAAGCAGUGAUAUUAUCAAGAUCAACUCUUAAUUAAAAUUCACCUUACUUCAAAACUAAUGAAUAAGAACCAAAUUCCAAAUUAAAUCCAUGUAAUGUUUGGAAUUUUUAUAUGAUGAUUCUAUUAUUUGCAGUGAAUAUAUUGAUAACAGGAACAACAUUAUUGUUAUUUAGAAAAAAAGAAGAAAUUAAGGAUACUGUAAGAUAUAAAAUGAAGGAAAGGUAUUUUACACCUACUCGAAGAUUUUUUAAAAUUUAUGGAGCUGGAUGUGCAACCGGCUUUAUUGCUGGAUUUUUAGGUAUGGCAGCAGGUUUAACUAUGUUUGUAACAAUGGUUUAAUUUGGUUUGGUUGCAGCAUCUGCAGGAGCAACAGCAAAUUAUGGUUAUUUUAUUGUAUGUUUACAAGUUUUUAUAUCAUUUAUGGUGAGUGAUUCAGGAAUGUCUGUUGGUGAUUAAUUUUUCUUUUACGGAAUAGGGGUAAUGUAAUUUUACUAAUUGUUUAGAUUAUAGGUGUACUUGUCUUUACAAAUUUAGGCUAUUACUACAUAAAUAAAUAUAAGAUGGGCCAUAUUUUAUUUUAUAUUGAUUUUGCUAUUGUAGUAUUAAAUAUAGCUGGUAACAUUGCAUGGGGGAUAGAAUAAGAAGAUAGAUAAGGUUUUUAUUCUAUUGUAAAUAUAUAGAAUUCAUGUAAUGGAUGA